AUGGCAUUUCGCCAGUCGAGGCUGCGAAACAGGGACUUCAUGUGGAUUCGCGUGCUUUCAGCUUUUUCAGGUUGUUGUCCACGUGUCAUGGAGCAUGGCAUUUCGCCAAUAGGGGUUGCGAAACCAGCAUGGCAUUUCGCCAUUGGCAUUGCAUCCACAACCUUCCCGACACCUCUGGUAGGUCACAGUGCGGCUCGCGCAGGUUUCGACCAGGCGGUGAUCGACACGUUCCUGACGCUGGAGUGUGUGGUGUGCUUGAACGAGUUCGAGGACACCGAAACGCUGCGUUUAAUCCCCAAGUGCGACCUCGUGUUCCACUCUGAGUGCAUAGACGAGUGGAUAGCUUCCCACACCACUUACCUCGUGUGUCGUGCCAAACCCGUCCCUAUUUCUGCCAACAUCAAUGGCGAAAUGCCAUGCUGA